CCAGCGGGCGGCGCUGUAGCCCAUCCGGUCUCCUGUUCUCGUUCCGGUAGCACUUCCGGGUUCUACUGUUUACAUCUGCAGAUCCUGACUCUGAUGAGAAAGUCGUCUCGUGUGGAAACACCACGCAGCUCCGGUGUCGGGACUCACGCGCGUUCACGCGACGCAGGCAGCAGGCGUCCAUCAUCAGCUACAGGAUAAACCAUGAAGAAGAAAGCCAGACGUCCAAGGUCGUCUGAGGCUUCACGGCAGACGGCGGUGAGCCUCGGCGAGGAGAAGAAGACGCCUGGAAACAGAGGGAGACCUCGAAAGACUGUUCCAGUAGCAACAGAGGAUUUUUACCACAAUGACGCUGCCACAGACAAGACGGAGAACUCAGAGCUCAGCGAGGAAACACAGAAACCUCCAGAGAACAAGUCCAAACCUUCAGGCAGACUGUCCACUGCCGUCUGUCGCCUCUGCCAUGGAAAGUUCUCUCCACGCAGCCUGCGUCACGCCUUCAACCGCUGGUCACGAGACUCCAUCGAUAUCUUAGACGAGGACUCGGAUGCUGGGACCCAGUCGCCCCUUUUAUUCCACACAGAUUUCCAGCGGCUGGUCGGGGUCCAGUUGAACCGCGACCCCCGGUUGUCGGAGUUUAUCUGCAAGAAAUGCCACGCCAAGUUCUACAAGUGCCACAGCAUCCUGAUCAGGUUUCUGCAGCGAGUCAACCUCCCUCCAGUUGGGAAAGAAAACCUGAAAAGCCGGAAGAACUCAACGUGUCCGGAGUCGUCGCUAAAUCUGGGCUCAAUAACUCCACCAUCCUUCACCUCAGACUCAAAGUGCCUCCACAGUCUGGUGUCCUGGGCUCACCGCCACGGCGAGGCCUGCCGCUCCUGCCCCGACCUGAAGGAGGUGCUGAAGGGCCAGUGCUGGGGCUCGGUUAAAGCCGUGUGGGGCUGCGUUGAUGGUCACAGAUACAUCAUGAACACCGCCAACACGAAUCCAGGGUACGAGGUGAACUCGGGGCGUGGCGGUGGCGACAGAGUGAUGUCGGAGGAGGAGCCGCAGGAGGAUAAAGAGGAGCAGCCCGGCGGGAAUGGAAGGACGCCGACAGGAAGUAGAAACACUCAACACAUUCCGCCAGCAGUGACGGUGCAGACUCAGAGCUCAGCACUGGUGAACUGGACCAGCAACACUGGAGGUGCUGAGGAGGCGUCGGCUCCGGCUCGGCUGGAGGACAGAGCAGCUGACAGCGAUUUGUCCGACAGAGUCGUCUCCGAGGACGAGUUUGAGGCGAGUAGAAAAGGAGAUGUUUUAAACGAUGAGUUGUUCGAGCCGUACUCGGACAAGAGAGCUCGCGGAGCGACCGUCCCCAACAAGAGGAGACAAAGCCCGAAGGUCCCGGAGGAGCCCAAAAUCAAAAAGAAACCAGGUCCCAAACCCGGCUGGAAGAACAAGUUCAAACCUAAAGGAGAGGAGCUUCCCAACAUCUACAAGUGUCCUUAUCAGGGCUGCACGGCAGUUUAUAGAGCUCCGGAUGGUCUGAAGAAGCACAUCAAGGAGCAUCACGAGGAGGUGAGAGAGCGGCCGUGUCCUCAUCCCGGCUGCAACAAGGUUUUCAUGAUCGACCGCUACCUGCAGCGACACGUCAAGCUCAUCCACACAGAGGAGAGGAACUACAUUUGUGACCAGUGCGGUCAGACCUUCAAACAGAGGAAGCACCUCUCCGUUCACCAGAUGAGACAUUCAGGAGCCAAACCGCUGCAGUGUGAGGUGUGCGGCUUCCAGUGCCGCCAGCGAGCGUCACUCAAAUACCACAUGACCAAACACAAGGCAGAGGCCGACCUGGAGUUCGCCUGCCUGAUGUGCGGGAAGCGUUUCGAGAAGGCCCACAACCUCAACGUCCACAUGUCCAUGGUCCACCCGGUGAUUCAGACCGAGGCUCAGAGAGGCAUCAGCCAGCAGCAGCAACCGCAGCCGCCUCCGCCAUAUUCUGAGCAGCGCACCAUCACUCUGACCGGUCAGGUGGUUCAGCAGGACCAGGACAGAUGA